CGCUUUACAGUGUAGAAACCAUCGGUCUAUUUCAAAGAAAAAAUUGUACGUGGAAACUCUGACUGUUAAUAUCAAAAUUGUGACUGAAGGAUAUGUUUGAUCACCCUAAAAGCAGGUAGGGGCUUAAGUCAUAGAAAGCACAGAACACAUGAUUACUAGACAGUAGUAGUAAAUGAGAUUCGCGCGUCACAGAUAUUUGCUAAAUUCACCUACAACAAGGGCGUCCGCAGGGGGGGAGGGGCUCAACACGUGGCAUGUGGAAGCUCUGGCCGUUAACAUAAAAGCUGAGACUGAAGGCAAUAAUCUAUUUUCCUUUUUAAAACAGUUGCAUUCUCCUACAGAGAUGGACAGCAUUAUUGAAGGAAACCAACAUUUGCAAGACAUCGAGACCCUCGUUCAACAAGGGGAGUACACCGCCGCUUUACUGGCAAUGAAGGAGGACGUGGAGUCCACAUCUAACAAAAUACUGUACAGCUUUUACAAAAAUACCUGCAUGGCCUUGGAUGAUGCCAACUCGACAGACAAAGGCAUCUUAAAAGGCUUGGCACACCAGGCAUUGGGUGUGGUUUAUAGUGAGACCCUAAAGCACAGAGAGAAGGCAAAGGCAUUGCCUUUUUACAUCACAGCAAAGGAUAGCCUGCUGGAGGUCGGGCUGCGACAAAAGGGAAUUACAUCCAAUGAUGAAAACUUGGCAGACGCUUUGAAUAAAAUUUACAAGAUAUUGUGUUUGUAUAAAACAGCGAAGGAAAGCCUGGUGGAAGUCGGGGUUCCACCAAAGGAACAUACAGCCGAUAAUGAAAAUGUGGUAGACGCUUUAAUGAACCUUUACGAGACCAUUGCCUGGUGUUACAGUGUGAAAUACGACUUUGAAAAGCAAUAUGUUCACCUGAAAGUGGCUUGGGUCGUAGUAUAUGAGCGGGGAUUGAAGGAUAAAGCGGCAUCUUUGCUAGUGCAGUUGGGUCGCUCUUGCCUCAAUCAGAGGGAAUUUAGAAAAGCGUCUGACUAUAUAUCCCAAGCCGAAGAUAUGGCCGAAGAACUUGACAGGAAAGACAUUGUUGCAGCAUGUUUGCUGUUAAAACAAGAUGUCCGUCUUUCAAAAAGAGACGGCUAUUCAGAUGAGGAGGAGCUGGAAAAAGCGCUGCAAAUAGCCCAAGGUCUAGGGGACAAGCUGUUGCUAGCAAAUACCCAUGUUUGUAUCUCCAAUGAUCGCUGUCAGUUCGGCUCAUAUCAGGAUUCCUUUGAUCACGCCACCCUAGCGUUAAAAAUCGCGGAAUCCCUCGAUGAAAACGACAACGAUUCUCAAGAAAUAUUGAGUUUAUGUCUGACUUGCAUGAGCAAAACUUGUAUACUGGUUGGAAACAAUGAAAGAGCACUGCGUUUUCUUGAACAAAACCGAGGCGUCUUGCAGAACUUGGGAGACCGCAUUCGUCUUAGUGAUGUGGAAAUGGAAAUAUCUUACUUAACACUUGCGAAGGCUAGUUCUGAAUCAGAAAUUGACUCAUUAUUUCAGCUAACUGUAAAAUGCUUUAAACGCGCAAUAGAUAUUGCUGAUAAAAUAAAAGACAAGGAUCGUUUAUGCCAAACAAAAUACAAAUAUGCUGCUCUUCUGGAGCGAUAUGGAUCUACAACGGGCGCCAUUUCGCAUUUUAAAUGGACAAUUGAAUUGGCCCGGGACGUUGAAAAUCUGUCCAUUGAGUGUUUAUGUCAUCAACAUUUGGCGAAGAUUUUCAUAAAACAACGGACAUUCGUUGAAGCGGAAAAACAUGCUUCGGCAUCUCUGCAACUGGCUAUUGAGUUGACAAGUAUAGAACUGCAGCAAAUGUGCUACACGCUGCAAGGCUAUUUGUACAAGGCGCAGGGUCUACUCCAGAAAGCCAGGACACCAUACGUGCAUGGAAUUUCAAUAGCAUCUUAUGUUCGAGAAAGACGGUUGAAUGACGAUGACAACAAAAUAGAAUACUUCGAGUCGGUGAUGGAGUGCUUCACUGAUCUCCAGGAAAUUUAUAUACAGCAACAAAAAUACACCGAGGCUCUGUCAGUGGCUGAGCAAUGUCGAGCCCGGUCAAUGCUAGAUAUCAUGUACGCCAGACGUCCUAAGGCAGAUGUCCCAAAACAUAUAAAAAGACCAAAAGAAAUCCACUGGGUUGUCAAUACUGCCAACGUACCCGUGGUUGUUUUUGCCUUAAUCAACGACAAACUAUUCGCCUGGGUCAUCCGACCGCAGCAAGAUGACGUUACGUUUCUUGACUAUGCCAUCACGUGCCCGGACACUGACGUCAAGGGGCUAUUAAGUGCGCUCUCCGUGCUGCGGUCACUCUCUCCACCAUCCCCAGCUGGGAAUCAGACCAUCCCAAGCGUAAACUGGAGAUGUAUGCUUACGGGUGCUUGGUCAGGUCAUACUCGUAAUAGCCUGGACAGCGCGCUCGAUUCUUCUAGCACCCAUGACGCCACUUUAACGUCCAAAGGCAACGGUUUGAGGAAAGUGUUUCAAAGGUGGUAUGACGUCAUCCUUGUUCCCGUGUUAAAAAUGCUGAAAAAAGAUGGCGAUCGAUACAGCAACAUCGUCAUCAUACCCGACCUUCAGCUGCAUUUGGUGCCUUUCCCAGCUCUCCUCAUCAAUGAUUACUGUGCCACCGUUAUGCCAUCGUUGGAGAUUUUAGCCCACUCCCUUCGAGAAGAUUCAUCUUCGAGUGAAGAGAACACACAGCCCAGAGCACUAGUUGUGGGUAAUCCUUCUGUCCCGGAAAUCGACAUUUGCGGACAAAAAUGGACACCGUGCAAGUUACCUGGUGCCGAAGAUGAAGCGAUUCUUAUCGCGGAAAUGUUAGGCACGGAACCUCUUCUCCGAGACCGCGCACGACUUAGCGUUGUCAAGAAGGAACUACCUCGUGCUGACGUCAUCCACGUGGCCUGUCAUGGCAGCUGGUCCGAGACAGCCUUGGUUUUGUCUCCCGACAGGUCGCCAGGGGACGGGACCUUAUCCAGCAAGGAUGUCUACUUGACUGCAGAGGAGGUGAUGGGGAUAAAACUACGAGCUAAAAUUGUUGUUCUCAGUGCCUGCCACAGCGGAAGUGGGGAGAUCAGAAACGAGGGCGUGGUAGGACUGUCCAGGGCAUUCCUAGUAGCAGGAGCCAAGGCGGUGGUAGUGGCACUAUGGCAACUGCCGGACCAAGCGACCAAAUCCUUCAUGACCAGCUUCUAUCAAGAUCUUAUCGCGAGAAACACAGUCAGCCGUGCACUCAGGAAUGCCAUGCAAACCAUGCAAGAUCGGCCACGCACCGAAUGGGCGUCUUUCACAAUAGUUGGUCGAGACGUCAGUCUGUAAUUGUGAUUUUAAUGACGUCAUAAACAGAAGGCACGUAUCAGAGACAAGAGGGAACUUUCUUCCGACGUCUGUAAAACAUCAUGAUCAUAUAUUGUUACUGAUGCCAAUGUAUUCAAUACUAAGUUUUACUACUCUUAUAAGAUUUCCCUUUUACGCACUUUUUAUUCGACGCAAUUUUGGUAAAUUAAUGGACACCCUAAAACUAUCAGAUGAUUAAAGAAAUAUGCCCUGCACUCGACGUUGAAACCCCAAAUUAAAUUCUUAAGGGUAUAGAGUCAGUCAGUGCUAGCCAACCCUCACCAUUAUAUUAAAUGUCAAAUAUAAUUCGUCGGAGCUCCGACAACGACUAGGCAACGACUUUAGAACACAAACUUUUCAACACUGCAAUAGUGACAACAAGAUUGUAAAUAAAAAAAAAACUUUUAAAGCUAUGUAUAUUUUAAUAAAUGUUCCUCGGGAGCUUUAAGUCAGAAUGAAAUUCAAAAGGAAAAAGUGUUUGUUUCAUAAAAUCUUUAAAUGAAACCUUUUUGGUCAUACUGUUUUAGCCAACAAAAGAA